GCGGCGGGCGGGCGGGAAGGGUCACGUCUCUGCUUGCAGUGCGCGGCGCGGAUCCCGGAGGCCGGAGCGGUCCUCGACCUGCUGGAGCAAUGUCCCGAGCACCAGAGGAAGGGAAGUUUCCCCGUCGUCGUUUUCGAGGGGCUGGAUGCCACAGGCAAAACCACUGUAACCCAGUCUGUUAAGGACACCCUGAAUGGCAUUCUGCUAAGGUCCCCACCAGCUUGCAUCAGCCAGUGGAGGACAAUAUUUGAUGAUGAGCCAGCACCCAUUAAGAGAGCAUUUUAUGCUGCGGGCAACUACAUUCUUGCUUCAGAAAUAGCGAAAGCAUCCACUCAGGCACCUGUGAUCAUUGACAGAUACUGGCACAGCACAGCUGCCUACGCAAUUGCCACUGAAGUAGAUGGGAAAGUCCAGGAUCUUCCACCAGCUCACGAUGAGGUGUACCAGUGGCCCGAGGAUCUGCUUAAACCCGAUCUUGUUCUUCUCCUUACUGUUGACCCUGAGGAGCGAGUCCAAAGACUUCAGCGUCGGGGGCUGGAGAAGACAAAGGAGGAAGCUGAGCUGGAAGCUAACACCUUGUUUCGCCAAAGGGUUGAAGAGUCAUACAGGAGGAUGGUGAAUCCUGCAUGCCAAGUGGUUGAUGCCAGCCCCUCCAAGGAAGAGGUUCUCCAGACAGUGCUACAACUAAUUAAGAAACACAGUGCUUUGUGAAAGCAACUUCUGUGUAACAGCACUUCAAAGAUACUUUUUAGUGCACUUAAAAGACACUCUUUAUUGCCCCUCUGGGUUUGGUACCUGAAAAUGCACUGUGAUGGGUUUUGUCCCACAGGAGAAUCUUCUCUUUCUUCUGUCAACAGUUACCUGUGCAGGUUAUCUGUUUCACUGCUGCCUACUGUUCUUUUCUAUGUAAAGCAAAAUACUACUCACAUUAUUCAGCAUUCUUAGUAAAGCCACAAACAUACCAUGGUCUAUUGGGUCUGGCUGAGACAGAGCUGAUUUUCCCCGUAGGAGCCCUCCCAGUGCUGUGCUUUGCAUUGGUACCUAGAAAGGUGUCGGUAACACCCCAGUGCUCUGGCUACUGUUGAGCAGCGCUCGCACAGCAUCAAGGCUGUCUCUCCAACAUUCCCCCUCACCAGUAGUCUGGGGGGUGGGCAAGAUCCUGGGAGGGGACACAGCCGGGACAGCUGACCCAAACUGACCAAAGGGAUGUUCCAUACCAUAUGAUGUCUGCUCAGCAAUAAAAGCUAAGAGAAAGGAGGAGGAAGGAGGGGCAUUCAUUACUUACAUUGGUCUUCUGGAACAACCGCUACGAGUACUGAAGUCCCGCUUCCCGAGAAGUUGCCAGACAUUGCCUGCUGAUGGGAAGUAGAGAAUAAAAUCUUUUGUUUUCCUUU